AUGGCCAACUUUGUCCAAGCGUUCAUGCCCAAGUUGCCUUUGGUUGUUCCUCCUUUGACGGUCGAAAUGUGGAAGAAGGCACUGCAACGUUUCAGACCUGCAGCUGCGCGUGGUGCGGAUGGGUGGGCACGUUCAGACUUGCUCAACAUGUCACCCUUCCACACUAAACAGCUGAUUGCGCUUUUGUCUGCAAUUGAAGACAACCAGACUGAGUGGCCGAAGCAACUUUUGGAAGGAUUGGUCAUUGCCAUUGCCAAGUGCGAUGAUGCACAUCGCCCCAAUGAAUAUAGACCUAUCGUCUUACUCUCCAUCAUCUACAGAUGCUGGGCUUCUCUUAGAGCACGGCAGAUGCUGGCACAACUGGAGAUGUACAUCCACAGUGAUGCGCAUGGUUUCCUGCCUUCACGUGAACCGGGGCAAACCUGGCUUCAUAUUCAAGCUGCAGUUGAGACAGCCAUCCAAUCCAAACAGCAAUUGGCUGGCAUUGGCACUGACUUUGUCAAGGCUUUCAACUGCAUCAGUCGUAAGCCACUCUGGUUUCUUGCGGAAGCGGUAGGGAUUCCAAACACCUUGCUGCAUCCAUGGCGAAGUUUUGUCCAGAAGUUUACCAGACGGUUUGUGGUAUGCAAUGAAGUCAGCAACGCCCAUCUCUCCACCAGAGGUUUUGCUGAGGGUUGUCCUUUGAGCGUGUUGGCAAUGGUAUUGGUUGACUGGAGUUACCAAUUAUACCAGAUGCAUUUUGCUCCGGCUGUUCGCCAUUUUUCGUUUGUUGACAACAUCUCCAUGUUGGCUCGUCAAGCACAUUUGGUGGCAUGGGCUUUUUUCACCUUGCGUGCUUUUCUCACCAUGUGGGGCCUUACCUUAGAUUUAGAGAAGACUUAUGCUUGGGCCACCACAACUGAAGGCCGCAAGCAAUUGGCCCAACUGAAUGUGAAGGUAGUGGAAGACUUUGGUGAACUUGGAGGUGCACUCUCUUUCACUGCAGCGCAUCGAGUGCGUGCAAAGCGGGGUGAAGCACUGCUAGAGCGAUGGCAACACUUGAGACGCUCAAAGGCAAAGGCGAUGCAUGGCACUCUGAGUUGUCUGUCCUCGGAUAGCCAUGUGCACAAACUUCGCACACAGGCCAUCAAACAUCUAGGCCUUCAAUUGGCAGGAGCAAAUCCGUUUUUGCGGCUCUCACUGGCCACACCGGCAACUGCUGACCCAGGGUUUUAUCAGCUGCGCACAGCGAUUUUGGACUUCAGAAGACUUUGUGCAAAAAGCCCUGAUUUGCUGAUUUACUGGCGGGGCUACAUGGACCGCUAUGACGGCACUUUGCGAGACGGGUUUGCUGCCCAACGAGAGGAAUGUGCUGAUUUUUUGUCAUGGGUCGAUGAACUGCCUUUGUGCGCUUCGAUGCACUUACUGGCGCCAAGAUCACCUUUUGUGCUGCCUCUGAAGCGCUAUUUCAUGGACUUGCCAGACACCAGCCGAGAGUUCAACAGUGCUCCCAGGCCUGGAGUCACAAACCAUGUUUUUACGGAUGGUUCUCAUUUCACGGGGAUAGUUCCUAACCUUAAUAGGUCUGCCUGGGCUGUUGUUAAUGCCACCAAUGGGGAUAACAUAAGUCAUGGUUGUGUCCCUGGCUUGCUACAAACCAUUGGAAGAGCUGAACUCUGGGCGCUGAUCUCGGCUGUGGAGUGGGCCAUCACUUUUGAGGCUGAAGUUGUGAUCUGGACGGACUCAGCGAGCACUUGCAGCAAAGCUUUGAAAUUGCUGCAGAAUGACACCCAGCUUGAUGAUGGAGAUAACCAAGACCUUUGGCAACGACUUGCAGCUGCAUUGAGGCAGACUUACGCUGAUCAGAUUGACAUUCGCUGGAUCCCUUCACAUGUUGACAUUUCUCUUUGUGAAACCUCACAUGAAGAGUUUCUGGCAACUUGGAACAACAUAGCGGAUGUUCAAGCAGUGCUGGCAAACCGCCACAGGGGUUCUGACUUUGAGCGCUUGUUGGCGGAUGCGGCUGAUUACUACAAGGAAUGGGAUUCCAAAUUGCAUAUCUUGCGCGAUUUCUACUUGAAAAUCGCGGAACAGAAGACUGAACCACUGGAUCGGAAGUGA